AUGAAGCAACAUCUUCUGACCUGCUUUAAAUGCCCACAAGCCGUAAAAAAACAAAUUAACGAUGUCAAUAACUCACAAUCCAACUUAACACCAGAAUCCACAACCACUUCAUUGAACUCGGAGAACACAUCAACCGAGAAAAUUAGAGAUUUAAGAGGUGUUUGUGAAGGCAAUGAACUAAAUCAGGCGGAAGAAACUGAAGCCAUGGAAUUAAUCUAUAACCUCGCUGAGCAUUGCAACAUUGACUGUCUUGUUGACCUGGCUAAAUAUAACGGUAAAGAAGGUCUUUGGAGCAAACCAUUUACUUGGAAGGUCGCUGAGAAAGUAAAUCACAUUUUAUGUGAAGAUACUGUUCCAGAAAGGUCCGACAUGGAAGACACAGAUGAUGAUAUGUUGCACGAUGCUGCAAUGGAGGGUCACAUGCAAGAGGAUAUGGAAUCUUCUCUCAGGGAGGAUAUAUGGGAAGCUAUGGAACCAGUAGCUUCAACUUCACAACAAACUAAUCAUAUUGAAUUCGUAAAUAUUAGCGAAUGUUUAUAUGAUACCGAUAGUGAUUAG